CUUCUCUCGUAUGGCAUCCACCAGUACUUGCUAGACCCGGCCAACUUACCCCCACUUCUCCGCAAUGUGCGAGGGGCUCUGUUCCCUAACAACAUUCCUGGCAAGCCGACCUUGAUGGCGCCCUCUUCCGAAGCAGAGCUGCUUUUGUUGCGACGCAGGUGCGCUAGUGCUCUUUGGGCCCUUGUUCCGAAGGGUGUGGGAAGGCUGUAUUUUGGCAGCAGCCGUAGUGGUAGCCACGGUGCUGGCGCUGGUGCCCGUGGCCGUGGCGCCGCUGUUGGAAACGAGGAGGGGUGGGACCCUGCUACCCCGGCUCCUGCUGCUGCUUCUGCUUCUGGCCCUGCUAGACUGCUGCCGCCAAAAGGAUCAGCAAGGCAGCACGGCCAGCAGCAGCACGGACAUGGGUCGUCCGCCUCUUCUAGUCCUGAUCAAGAUGUUGCUACUGCUCUCCCAUCACAGCGGUCCGCUCCGAGGAGCGGCGGUCAGCCGUCAACAACUAGCACUGCUGACCAAACUAGCGCUGCUACUAUCCCUGCCGCCCUCAGGACGUCCACGACAGAUGCUUCUGCUGCCGCUGUCGCUGUAAUUAAAGGCCAAGAGGCGGAGGUGGUGGGCGCCGCUCAAGACGGCGAGUGGGCUCUGCAGGACAUUGAGGCGGGGAUUCUCGACGUGUUUAGCGAUGCCUACUGCAACAAGCACCUCAUGUACAGCGUCGUGGAGCUGCUGCUGGUGCGCCUGCUACCCGAGAUCGCCGAGAAUGGCGUCGUUAACCUGUGGGCCGAGAGGCUCGCCUAA